CCCGUGGCAGCGGAGCGUCGGCCCGUGAGUCAGAGGCUUUGCGGGAGCUCCGUGCGGCCUCAUCUGGCGUCCCUCGGGGCCCGGCUCUGUCUGCGGCUCCGCGUGGCGGGGAGGCGGUGGCUGCGAGAGGGGCUUCACGAGCUGCGGCCGCACCAUGCUGCGCUUCCUCUGGGACAGCAUCUCCCUGCAGAUGCUCUUCGUCUUCCUCUUUGUCUUCCUGCUCAUUUCCGACUACAUGAAGAGGAGAAAGCCGAAGGACUUCCCCCCCGGUCCUUUUUCCUUCCCUUUCCUGGGAAAUUUGCAAUUUCUGUUUGACAAAGACCCCGUGGCCACAACGCAGAAGUUCAUUGAAAAAUACGGAAACAUCUUCAGCACGCAAGUGGGCAGCAUGUCGUUUGUGAUCAUAAACGGGCUGUCACUGGUCAAGGAAGCCCUUGUGACCCAGGGAGAGAACUUCAUUGAUCGCCCCCAAUUUCCUGCAAAUACAGAACUCUUCAACAAAUUGGGGCUGGUCUCCUCCAAUGGGCACCUGUGGAAGCAGCAGAGAAGGUUCACAUUGACCACCCUCCGGAACUUUGGCCUGGGGAAGAGGAGCCUGGAGGAGCGGAUACAGGAGGAGUGCCGAUUCCUCACGGAUGCGUUCAGGGAUGAGCAGGGAAACCCUUUCAACCCUCACCUUAAAAUCAAUAAUGCUGUUUCAAACAUCAUCUGCUCCAUCACCUUUGGCAAUCGGUUCGAAUACCAUGAUGAGGACUUCCAAAACUUGCUGCGGCUGAUGGACGAGACUGUUACCCUCCAUGGGACGAUAAUGAGCCAGCUGUACAACAGUAUCCCCACUGUAAUAAAGUACCUCCCAGGAUCCCACCAAACCAUUUUUAAAAACUGGAGGGUCAUGAAAGGUUUUGUGUGCGAGAAGAUCAGCAAACAUAAGGAAGACGUGAACCCCUCCGAGAGCCGGGACUUCAUCGACAGCUACCUGCAGGAGAUGGCCAAGCCCAAUGGCAGUGACUUCUGUGAGGAUAACCUGGUGGCGUGCACUCUCGACCUGUUUUUUGCUGGGACUGAGACCACCUCCACAACCAUCCGCUGGGCCCUGCUGUUUAUGGCCAUAUAUCCAGAAAUUCAAGCCCGUGUGCAAGCUGAGAUCGAUGCCGUCAUUGGGCAGUCACGGCAGCCGGCCCUGGAGGACAGGAAAAACAUGCCCUACACCAAUGCCGUCAUCCAUGAAGUGCAGAGGAAAGGCAACAUCAUCCCUUUCAACUUGCCAAGAGAAGCAUUGAAGGACACAGUCCUGGCUGGUUUCCGCCUGCCCAAGGGCACUAUUAUGAUCCCAAAUAUAUACUCUGUGUUGAUUGACAAGAAGGAGUGGGAAACCCCUCACAGUUUUAACCCCGGGCAUUUCCUGAAGGACGGUCAGUUCUGGAAAAGGGAGGCUUUUAUGCCAUUUUCUAUAGGGAAGCGUGCCUGCCUGGGUGAGCUGCUGGCCCGUGCUGAGCUCUUCCUCUUCUUCACGGCUCUGCUCCAGAAGUUCACCUUCCAGGCUCCCCCGGACACCAUCCUCGACCUCAAAUUCACGCUGGGCAUCACCUUGGCCCCGCAGCCCUACAAGAUCUGUGCAGUGCCUCGGUAGGGAGCUGCAGCCACUGUUCUGGGAGGGGGAACUUCUUGGCUCUGGAGCAGAUCCACAAACUGAGCCUUCACCUGCUGCCAUGGGCCGUACUUCACAGCUGAGGAUCAGUACUGGCAGAGAGCAGUACCUGACCUGCUCUUACUACAUUAGUACAAGUAGCAAUUGGAAACUGUUUCUACUUUGAUCUUAGGAAAACUAUUUGUUAAAAGAAAAAUAAACCAAUACCUUGCGACAUCUCUCUCUCUCUUGAACUUUAAUAAAUCCUGACUGAAACAUCUUGGAUGUAAAGCACGUUGCAAAGUGAUGUCCAGCACAGUCUUUUGCAGCACUGCCUGCAGUCUCCAGCCGUGCCAGCAUUUGGGGCAGGAGAUGCUGGCUCCUGUUUCAAAGAUCCAUAAGGCAGAUAAGUGAAAAUGUUCAGUAGCAACCAAACAAGCCACUGAUACAAUGCAGGAGGCUUGAGUAGGUUCCUCUAGAAGCAGGAGGAGACCUUCCUGACCCUCUUCUCCCCACACCCUGGUACCUUCUGCCAUGCAGCCCCGUUUCCUCCUGUCAUGCCCUCAGUGAGGGUCUCCCUUAUCUUCCCUGCAUAGCAGAAAAGGGGAAGUUUAUAUGACAUUCCCAACCUUAUGUUCUUUCUUUUCCUUCCUUGAGAGAGGAAAAAGGGAAUGAUGUAAGUGGGCACAAUGCCUGGAAUCAAUUGUAAAGGGAAGAGAUCAGUGAUGUUUAUGGCUUGCACAACAUUACUCUCAAAGCAGUCCUCUUUGCAGGUGUCAGCUGAUCUUCUCUCCCCUCCUUGGCUCAGUUUCCUGUUUCCUUUCCCAGGCUGCAGUUAUAUGCAAAGGCUUCCUUCUGAGGUCUUCAUUUGCUUGGUAGAACACUGAGGAAAGGGCACAUUUAACAGGACCUCCAACCCACCUCCACUUAAACCAUCCCAUACAUGUGGCUUACCUCACCUCCAUCUGUUUUUUGUGCCAGCAUUUGCAUUACUGCAGCUCUCUUUCAAGGACAUCCCUUGCUUAGAAACACUAGCCUCCUGCUGCAGGGUUUAGAUUUUGAGCUACCAGAAAAGAUGGAAGCAGUCAGGGACCCAGACCCAGGUAACCUGAUCUGAGUGCUGCUUUGUGUGACAGAACACCUGGAAACCACCCCCCUGCAAAUAGAAGCCCUUGCUGUCUCCUCCCAUGCUCAGGAAGGCAGCAGCAGCUCUUCUCAUGCUGAGGAGCUGAAAACGUCCUGCAGCUAGGCUCAGGCAUCCCGCACCACUGACAGCUUCUUUCCUUCCCUUCUCCCUGAAAUAAACACCUGCAUUUCUAUUCUUUGGUGGAUGAAAAUGCUCUUAGUCCUGCCUCAGAAAUAAUGAAAAACAACUCUUCCAUAUCUGGCCAUUCACUUCUCCCUCACAGGGCUAUCUCCACCAGCCCAAAGACCCUUCUGCACAAGACAGUCCCUAGCUCCCCUCCUCACAGAUAACAGACCAAGGUAAUAGAAGUGCUUGCUUACAUGUCAGGCUGCUCAGGCCAAGGAUUAGGAUACAGAGAAUGGUAAAAACAGGUCAGAAACGGGGACCCUGAAACUUGGCUCUUUCCUCCUGCUGAUCUUCACUCUGGAGUCUUCUAUUUCAAAUAAUGAGCUGGGGGC